AUGAGUUCAAAGAAGAUCCGAUCCUACCAAUUACAAGAAGAUGAUGAGAUCAAUGAGUCUCUGGUAUUCUUAAGAUCAAACCCUGCUUCCACCUCAGAUGAGGAAGAGAGUUUACAGGUGCAAACUUUUGAGGCUCCAAUUUCUCAACAUGAUGAAGAUGAGGAUUAUUACAUUAAUCUUUCGGAAUCGAAGGUUCUUGCUCACAAAAAGGAGAACUUGUUCAAGAUCACUUUGGUUUCUAUGAUGUUCUUCACUGCAUUUGGUGCAGCCAUGUCUCCAUUAGUGACCUUACAAAUAUCCAAGAUCUGUCGUGACUUGUUUAGUUAUGGGCCAGAUGGUAAUACAAAUUCUACAGGAUUAUACUAUACCCAUAAUUGUGAUGCCGUCAAGGCCCAGCAAGUUAAUUCCCGUGUCCAGUCAAUGUUUUUAAUCCUUGCCUGUCUAUUGGCCAUGCUUACUGCCGGUAAAGUGGGCCAAUUAUCCGAUGUUCAUGGACGUAAAAAGAUCUUGAGCAUUUGUUUGAGUUUUGUUGCCUUGCAAGCAAGUCUUAUGGCUUUCUUGCUCGGUGAUCACGUCCCUUUCAACUUUUAUGUCUUUGUCAUUGCGAAAUCUCUCGAUGGCGCUGUUGGGGGUAUCAAGGCGAUCAUUGGAAUCUUUAGAACCUAUACUAUUGAUCUUGCCGAUCCUAAGGACCGGGUUGCUAGUCUUAGUGUUGUUGGAGGGUCAGUGUAUUUUGGAUUUGCCGUUGGCCCAAUUAUAAGUGCUUUUAUUAGUAAAGUCAGUGGGGGUAACGAUUUUUACAUUUUAUAUUUCGAAAUCAUUGGAAUUCUAUUGACCGUGAUUUUCCUUGUUAUAUUUGUUCCUGAAACACAUUAUUCUCAUCUUAAACAUCAUCCGCGCAGCUCCAAAUCCAUCUUUCAUACUUUCAAAUGCAUCAAACUAUUUUAUAUUCCGGAAUCACGGCCUCGUCGCAUCAAGGUUUUAUUGGUAUUGGUAAUCAAUUUGAUAAUCAGUGGGACUUUGCAGACGGCCGGCCAAGCAAUCGUGCUUUGGUCAACAUUGAAAUUCCAUUGGGGAACCGCAGAAAUCGGGUCUUCUUUAUCAUUCAUGGGAGCGUGCCGAGUGAUCAAUUCUUUUGUGACCGCCCCGGCCUACAUGAAGCUUCUUCGAAGUGGAGGCUAUAUUCUGAACUCCAUUGAAUCCCACAAUGGGCUUACGAAAGUGGAUAUUUUCAAUAUACAGUUUGCCUCAGUGGUGACAUUGUUGGAAGUGUUGAUUGUCCUUUAUGCGGAUUCUGAAAAAUGGCUCUAUUUGGCCAUGGCUGUGGGGUCUUUCAAUGUCCUCAGUGGAUCUACCAUUCAAACUGCCCUUGUCAAGUUAUGUCAUGAAAACAUUACUUCUCAUGGGGAUAUAGAAGGUGGUGCCUCGGAUACCAAGACCGGUGAAUUAUUCGGGGCUUUGAGUUUAUUGGAGACCCUCUUUAUCAUGCUCAUGGGGAGCGUUGUUAUGAUAACUUUUUCAAAAACCGCGUCAACUAAUCCAAAUUUCUGCUUUAUGUUACUAUUUUUGAUGGUUUUGUUUGCAGUAGUCUGCGGGUUUUUUUUGAUACCGGAUGAUGGCGAUGAUUCAAUUAGAGAGGAUUAUGAAGAGCAAGAAUAA